AAGCAAUCUGUAAGGACCUGACCUUAGUCCAUUCAGAUCAAUAGGAAAGUGAGAGAGGAAAAGCGCAGUCGGAUCGUUUACACUGGCUCGUCGUGAGUUACCAUAUACUCCCCUUAUAGUUUGUAAUACUCACUUUAAGGUGGAUAGCGUAGUACUAAAAGGGCAAUCUCUCUGCAUUUUGUGACUAAGAGUCCUUUCCUACGACCAUGUCUUUCCCGCAGCUGGGGUACCAGUAUAUCAGGCCAAUAUACCCCUCGGAUCGCCAGGGGAUCAGCAGCGCACGAACCGGGGCAGAGCUCACUCCGUCCGGGGCUCUUUCCAAUGUUCUCUCCAGCAUGUACGGAUCCCCCUUUGCAGCCGCACAGGGAUACGGAGCUUUUCUUCCUUAUGCUAACGAUAUUUCAAUUUUUCCACAACUGGGUGCUCAGUAUGAAUUGAAAGACAGCCCCGGGGUCCAGCACGCAGGAUACCCGCACCCUCAUGCCGCUUUCUACCCUUACGGCCAGUAUCAGUUUGGUGACCCCUCCAGACCUAAAAAUGCGACCCGGGAGAGUACCAGCACCUUGAAGGCCUGGCUCGGCGAGCACAGGAAAAACCCUUACCCCACCAAAGGGGAGAAGAUCAUGCUGGCCAUCAUCACCAAAAUGACCCUGACACAAGUGUCCACCUGGUUCGCCAACGCCAGGAGGAGACUGAAAAAGGAAAACAAAAUGACUUGGGCUCCGAGAAGCCGGACCGACGAGGAGGGUAACGUUUAUGGCAGCGAUCACGAAGAAGAGGGGGACAAGAGAGAAGACGACGAAGAAAUCGAUUUGGAAAAUAUUGACACGGAAAAUAUCGAAAGCAAGGACGAUCUGGAUGACCAGGAGGAUCCAGACCUGCACCCAGACUUAAAACUGGACGGGAGGAGUGACUCGGAGGUUUCAGACGGCUAUGAGGACUUACACGGGCACGACGAGAGGUUUUUAAAAUCUGUUGUUAAAGAAAGCAGAGACGUUGAUGGAGACAGCAAGGGGGAUCACCACCAUGCUUUAGAAACCAAAGCAACACAAUCCAGCGGUGACCAGCUCAAAAUCAACCCCGUCUCUGUUAAUUCACCACCUUCAGGAAACAACGCGGCCCCUCUUCAGAAACCAAAAAUAUGGUCUUUGGCAGAGACCGCCACUACUCCGGACAAUCCUAGAAAGUCACCCCAAAUAACCAGCCCAGCUGCCGGGCCUGUAGCACAGACUCUCCUCGCCUCUCACAGACUGAUCUCCUGUCCUGUUGGGAAACUUCAAGGCUGGACAAACAGAGCUUUUUCUGCCCACCAGCUAGCUUUAAUAAACUCAAAUCAUUACUUAGGACUGUCCGCAGCGAACCAGGCUACAACAAACGCGGGGAUUGCGGCGUAUAACAGGCUCCAAGAAGAGCAGACUCACAGUACAGACUCCUCCGUAACAGACAGAUGCAGUGCUUUGGAAGAAGAAAAUAAAUUAUUAAAAACAGCGUUCCACCCCGUUCAGAGACGACCUCAAAAUCAACUUGAAGCCGCGAUGGUUCUGUCAGCGAUGUCUUCAUCAUAGCCGCCUUUUUAUAUAUUUUAUUUUCUUGUUGUAAAAGGAAUGUAAAAAACAAACAAAACAUAUUUCUCCGUGGACAUAUCCUGUCAGCAUGUCAUGUGCAAAACUGCUAAUGUAAUAUUGUAUGAAAUAGUAGAGUUUGUGAGUGUGUGUGUGUUUCUUUUUUCUUUCUUUUUUUUUGUAAGUUUAGUGAGAAUUAGGUGUCUAAAAUGUUUUGUAUAUAAAGUAAUGAAAAUGUACAUACGUGUGAACCAAAUUGUACAAGAAAGUAUAUAUUUUGGCUAAUAAAUGAAAUGUUGCAACUUUA